GUAACAGUUGGAAGUUACGCUAGAGCAGACCCCAAGCGCACUUGCGUUCACUCCAAUGUGUUCGCUUGGUUUGCCGCUUGUGAUGAGUUUUGCUUGAUUGUGUUACGAGCCAGUUGUUCACAGAGUUAACAAGACUAACAGGUUCUUUGCAAAUUGGUCCAGCGCAAUUAGAACUCCAACUUAAAACUGCUCGUAAUCAUUGGAGACGCCGCGUCGAUUUGUCCGAAGAACACCCAUCAGCCUCAAGUUUCAGCGACAUCCGACGCCACGCGAGGAGAAGAAGUAUGACUGCUGUCUGUGAAUUCGCCGAUGGUCAAGAAAUUGAAUCCAAUUCUAACGAAGAGGAAAAUUUAGCGACGUAUCCUGUUGAUUGCUCUGUUUUGAAAAAGAAGCAAACCCACAUUGGAGAGAAACUUGUCGAGUGUGCUGUCUGCAACAAGAAGUUCGCCAACAGUUCUGAGGUCCGAUGUCAUCUUCGCACCCACACGGGCGAGAAGCUUUACGAAUGCCCUGUUUGCAAUAAGAAGUUUGGCUAUGGUAAUGUUCUGAAAGCACACAUCCGAACCCAUACUGGAGAGAAGCCCUUUAAGUGCGACGUUUGCAAUAAGGCGUUCAGACAAGAAGCUCAUCUCCGAGGGCAUCUUCGAACACACAAUGGGGAGAAGCCUCUCGAGUGUAUGGUUUGUCUCAUGAAAUUUUCUGAUGGCAGGAGGUUUCGAGUACAUCUCCGAACGCACACUGGGGAGAAACCUUACGAGUGCAAGGUUUGCCAGAAGAAGUACAGAAGAGAAGAACAUCUCAAAAUGCACCUUCGAACCCAUACAGGAGAAAAGCCCUACGAGUGCUUGGUUUGCACGAUGAAGUUUUCUCAAGCAUAUUUUCUUACUUUGCAUAAUCGAUGUCAUACUGGGGAGAAGCCUUAUCGGUGCACAGAAUGCGGUAAGAAGUUCAGACAGGAUGCACACCUGAGAAGACAUCUUUACGCCCAUUUAAGGACUACGCGUGUGCAGUGCUCCGUCUGCAAAGAGGAUUUCGCGAGUGCAGGUAGUCUCAGGCAUCAUCUUCGGACGCACACGGGCGAGAAUCCGUUCGCGUGCACAGUUUGCAGCAAGACGUUUUCUCGGCGACAUGGUUUGCAGUCACACUUUCGAAUGCAUACUGGGGAAAAGCCAUUUGAGUGCACAGUCUGCAAUAAAAAGUUCCGACAUAGCAGUACUCUCAAAAUUCACGUCAGAACCCAUUCUAGGUAGACGAGUCUGCCCUUGAUCAUUACGAGGCCUCCUUCGGCCAUUAUACUCAAGAUUGGCUGAAAACGGACUUGGUAUACGCAGUGGUGGCUGUGGUCGAAAAAAUAUGAAUUCACCUUCUCGAGUCUCAAAAUUCUACUCUGCUCUGGUACCGCUUGUUACUUGAAUGUCCAUCCAAGGUCUUGAAGGUCGGUUGUCGAACCAGCACUAGCAUUUUUGCCUCCUGUUUCCUUGCACGUCAGUUAUGUAUCGGUUGACAAUAGUUCUAUCCUAGAAACUUGUGCUUGUAUUCUAGUUAAAAGUUGACAAUGUAAAUCUAGUAAUGAUUUCAAUAAAAUCAGUGGCUUCUGUUUUGACGUUGGCCCUUUUAACGUGUGGGCAAGGCUUUCUUUGGAUAAAUACAUGACUGUCGCGGACCGACUUGAAUAUUAUUAAAAUAAAAAA